CAGUCAUUCAAGCUGCUCAGCUCUGGUGCUGUGAGAGCGUCCGCUCGGUUAGGCCACCUGGGUUCGGAUAAACCUGCAUCCUGAACGGACUGGAACCUGAACGGGAAUCUUAACGCAGUGCAAUACACUUUCCCCGUCCAUGCUUCAGGAAUCGGCGGCCGUUGACGGGAAGCGAACGUUUGGGCGGCAGAAGCGGCGGUGCUGUCAACGGAGAGUGGAGCUAUUGCAGCAGAAAGUGUUCAAUAUAUAGACUAACACAGAGUGCGACGAGAACCGGGGGGAUUUAUUUAUAAUUAUAAAGCAACUUGAUGGAUUUAGAGACCGGAAGAAACGAGCUGGGGGCGAUGGGAGACCCUUUGCAGCCGCAGACUCCCAGUCGCCACGAGAAAAGUCUCGGGCUGCUCACCACCAAAUUUGUGACUCUGCUGCAGGAAGCGAAGGACGGAGUGUUGGACCUGAAAGCUGCUGCAGAUACUUUGGCUGUAAGGCAGAAACGGCGCAUCUACGACAUCACCAAUGUUUUGGAAGGCAUUGGACUCAUUGAGAAGAAAUCCAAAAACAGCAUCCAGUGGAAGGGUGUUGGUCCAGGCUGCAACACGCGUGAAAUUGCAGACAAGCUGAUAGAUCUCAAGUUAGAAUUGGAGGAUCUUGACCGAAGGGAACAUGAGCUGGACCAGCAGAGGGUUUGGGUUCAACAGAGCAUCAAGAACGUGACCGAUGACUCACUUAAUAGCCCAUUGGCAUAUGUAACUCAUCAAGACCUCUGCAAUUGCUUCAAAGGUGACACUCUUCUAGCAAUCAGAGCUCCCUCUGGAACACAAUUAGAGGUUCCUGUGCCUGAAUCUCAGGUCAAUGGACAAAAGAAGUACCAGAUUCACCUUAAGAGCUCAGCGGGCCCGAUCGAGGUCCUCCUGGUCAAUAAGGACCCCUCUAACUCAUCUCCUGUGGUGCUGCCGGUACCCCCACCAGACGAUAUGCUUCAGGGCCUCCCCACCCCAGCUUCAGCUACCUCAGCUGCUGACACACCCACCAAACAAGCAGCCAACAGUACGCCAUCUCCUGCCUCCACCUGCCACAGUCCCACCACCAGUACUGUCCCUCCCAACACAACAACUGCCACUGCUGUUAAUGCAGCCACAGACAUAUCAUGCACAACCACUUCAGACACAACAGCCAAUCUGUCAUCUUCAGUGGAUACCCAGCAACUGCAGUCAUCUGCUUCAUUGGAUGGCAGCUCCUCACUUCCUGAUUCCUCAACCCUUUUUGAACCAAUCAAAACAGACCCUUCAGAAUUGCUGGAUUUCCCCAAAGAUCUUUCAGAAAUGUUUGACCCUAAAGAAAUCAUGAGUACAGAUCUGCUGGAGGAGCUGAUGUCAUCAGAAGUUUUCUCUCCACUCCUACGUUUGUCCCCUCCUCCGGGUGACCAUGAUUACAUUUAUAACCUGGAUGAGACUGAAGGCCUCUGUGACCUUUUUGAUGUUCCCAUUGCCAAUCUUUGACCUGUACACACACCAUGCAAUAAGAGUAGUGUACUUAAAAACUUUUAAACCCUUUUCCAAGGUGAAAAAAGAAAGAAAAGUAUGGCUCUGUGUCAGAUCCAAAUGUAUAAGCUGAUUCUGUGUGUAUAUAAAGCUUUUAUAUAUAUAUAUAUAUGUAUAUUUACUCCUUACCAAAAGCGGCUGGCUGAAAAGGAACUUCCCUGCUAAAUUCAACUGAGAUAUGAGGCUUUACCGGCCCUUGUUCAAUUCAUCUGAUGAAAAUAUCAGCUAUCCAUUCAAGCAUAAUUUCUGUCAAAUCAAUCUAUACUAGUGUGAUGCCAUUGUUUUUAUACUACUUUUGUAUAGACACAGAGAAUUUCAUGGUUAUUACAGAAAUAGACUAAACUCACCAGCAGUGGUUAGUGGUUCAAACAAAAGGAAAUGUGAGCUAGCUUUAUUUUAAAAUUGUCUUCCUGUUUUAUAGUAUCUUUUGUCAAAAAGCAUGGUCAUGGCAUAUUUACUUAUGACUUAUCUGAACACAGCCUGCAUACAGAUUAUUAAUAAGAAAUUAUUGUAACACUUAACAAUAAGGUUCCAUUUGUUAACUAGUUAAUGCAUUAGGUGUUAUGAACUGACAGUGAAAUAUAUAUAUUUUUACAGCAUUUAUUCAUCUUUAAGGUUAGUUUAUAAAAAUACAAUCGUUCAUUGUUAGUUCAUAGUGCAUUAAUACAACUUUUGAUUUUAAAACGGUAUUGGUAUAUGUUGGGGAACAAAACUAACCAAGAUUAUUAAAUGCUGUAAAAUAUUUUGCAUUGUUAAUUUGAACAAUUGGAACCAUAUUGUAAAGUUUUACUAAAAUUAAAUAAAUUUUUGCUAGCAACCAUCAUGCUUAUCACAUGCUUUUGAACAGUCAUAAGUGUUUGAAAGAAUUCAACCAGUAGGAUGCUGUUUGUUCUCAUCUUGCAUCAAAUGACAAUGCUUGGAAGCAUACAGCGGAAUUAAGUUAUACUAACAACUAAAGUGGCAGCGAGCAUAUUAGAGAGAUUGAAAGUUCACUGGUAUUGCAGAAUAGGCUAUUGUGUGGAAGCUUUACGGACUUGCGUUAUAUAACAACAUAUUUAUUGUAUCGUCAAGCUUUUCAGAUAAAGUGAAGGAACAUGUUUACAGUGUUGGAUAAACCAUUCCUACUUCAAUCUAAAUGUUUUUGCUCAUCAGAUGUGAAAUUGUGUUAAUACUCUGACUAACAUAAAGGCUAGCUUACAGAGUUUCUGAUGCGUUAUGAAAUGAAUGCCUUACCUAUACAACAUAUGCUAUAAGUGAUAUUUAAUAUUAUGAAUUUAACUUAAUUUUAUCAGGAAAAAUGGCUGUGGAAAUGUCAUGUCUAAAACCCUGUACAAAUGUUAAAUUAGAUGCCAAUUAUUGCUAUUUUUGUAUUUUGAAACAACCCUACAUAAGUUCCACCAGUGUCCUAUUCUCAGCCCAUUUAAAUGUGUAUAGAUUCUUUUGUAACGUUAACAUAUAACAUGUCUUCAUUAUAUCUAUAUGAGAAUAACUGUCUGAAGAAGGAUGUGUGUUUGGUGGGGAAUUAAAGGGCAGUCACAAUAUGACAAGAAAUAGAGUAUCAAAGAGAAUGUUGUUCUAUUGGCUCCUAAAUGUGUGUGCACCAACUGAUCGCAAACAGAUAGUCAUUUCAUAUAAUGUUUUUUUACUGUCUUAUAUUUGUAUGGUUGUACACAGUAAGCAUUUACCAUUUAUUUUGUACUCAAUAGAUUUCUGAUGGUCUGGUUUUCAUUAGAUGAAUUGUCUGCCAUAGUUUUCGUCUAACCUCUCCACAUUGCACUUUAAAGCAGUAUGACCACACAGGUUACUUCCAGCCCUGUGCUUUAAAGGGGUUGGCUGAUUCAAUACAUUUGACAUUAUCCAGGGAAUUCUGGCGUUUUUUAAAUAUUCACUGUUUGUCAUUGCAUUCAUUAGUCAUUCAUCAACAGAGUUAUUGGCCCCUUGAAAUAA